AUGGUUGAGGCGGAUCGCCCGGGGAAGCUUUUCAUUGGGGGGCUCAACCUCGAAACCGACGAGAAAUCUCUCGAGGCCGCAUUUGGCAAAUAUGGCCGCAUCAUCGAGGUGCUUCUGAUGAAAGACCGAGAAACUGCCAAGUCGAGGGGCUUCGCGUUCGUCACCUUCGAAAACCCCUCAGACGCCAAGGCCGCCAUUCGAGACAUGAACGGCAAGUCCCUGGAUGGUAAGGCCAUCAAAGUGGCCCAGGCCACCAAACCGGCGUUCGAAAGCAGCCGACGGGGCCCGCCGUCGCUCUCCCGCAGCCGCGGUCGCCCGAGGGGCCUGCGCGGGGCCCGCGGGAUGCGCGGGCGGGCCCCGGCCGCGCGUGGGCGAGACGGUUACGAGGGCCCGCUGCGCCGGGAGCCGCCGCCCCCGCGCCGCGACCCCUACCUGGGCCCCCGGGAGGGUGGCUACUCGCCCCGAGACAGCUACUCGGGCCGAGACUACCCGAGCUCCCGCGACCCCCGGGAUUUCGCUCCCGCGCCCAGAGAGUACACCUACCGCGAUUACGGCCACUCCAGUGCUCGGGACGACUGUCCAUCGAGAGGCUACGGCGACCGAGAUGGCUACAGGGGUCGCGACCGUGACUACGCAGAUCGCGACCGUGACUACGGGGAUCAUCCGAGCGGAGGCUCCUACCGAGACCCCUUCGAGAGCUACGGGGACCCGCGCAGCGCCGCUCCUGCGCGGGGGCCACCGCCAUCUUACGGAGGAGGAGGCCGCUACGAGGAGUACCGGGGCUGCUCCCCCGACGCCUUCGGCGGCGGCCGCGACAGUUACGGCAGCGGCCGGAGCGACCGCUAUUCGAGGGGCCGAGACCGUGUCGGCAGACCGGAUCGCGGGCUCCCCGCGUCCAUGGAAAGGGGGUGCCCUCCCCUGCGUGAUUCCUACAGCCGUUCGGGCCGCAGGGCGCCCAGGGGCGGAGGCCGCCUAGGAGGGCGCUCGGAGAGAGGAGGAGGCCGGAGCAGAUAUUAAGCAUAGACUUGGGACCAAAAUCCGUUUUCAAAGAAACUAACGAAAAGAAGAACCCAUUCUAUGGUAACUACCCAAGGACUAGUACUAGGAAGAAUUGUUUUUGCCUUUUGAAUAUUUCCUGUUAACUUCUUCUCCAUAAUUUUUUUGCUUUGGGGAGGAAAAAGUUAAAACUCGUUUAAUUUCGUUUUGGAAUUGUUAACGUUUCUUUCAACAAGCUCAUGUUAAAAGUCUAAGACGAA